AUGUUCACCUGUAGCAGAAUCGUGCUUGCAUUUCUGAACAUUCUAAUUUUGCUAAGCGCAUUCCUUCAACUCCUACACGCGAAUUCAUUGCACAAUGGUCCGGAUCAGACAGCGUGUUUUAAAGAAAACGCUGGAUCCGUUAUAUGGCUGGGAAUUUUCAUGUUAGCCACUGCUGUAAUAGGAUUAUUGGGUUUGUGCUUUCAAUCAAAGGCAAUUGAAUCGAUUUAUUUGUGGGUUUUGUUGAUUUCGACUAUUUUGGUUACUUUUUUCACGGCCUUUGUGUUCUCUGUAUUGCCGAAAGACACUGCCAAUGGGACUUGGCAAAAAGCCCAGAAUGGAUACUGGUUGAAUCAAUUUUCGCCAUCGUUGCAAAAAGCUUUGGUGAAUAACAAGGAUUGGUUUGUCAUCGAGACGUGUUUACUCGACCUUCACAUUUGUAAUCAGCAAUUGCAAAACCAAUUUGAUGAUCAUCGCUACCUUCAGUUGGGUUGCUGCCGGCCUCCCAACCGAUGCGGACUGGUGCAAAAUGAAACCUAUUGGGUGGCUCCCAAAUCUGGUCUAGCUUCUCAAGACGAGGAAUGCGUGAAAUGGAGAGACGCCGGAAAUGGAGAAUGUUACGAAUGCGAUUCGUGCAAGGCAGGUUACCUAGCCGAAUACCAAGAACAUUGGCAGAAUGAGAAGGUUGUGCAAAUGGCCGCGGUUUUCUUUCUCGUCAUAGCCUCUGCUCUUGCCUGUUUGACUUUUAGACAGGAUCGUGAUCCACACGAACACAAUGCAUAUUCGAUGCCAUACAGAAGCUACCGUCAAGCAAGUAUUGUGCAUCCCAGAUACUUGGGUAGUAUUUGA